GGGCAGUUUUAUCCAGUUCUGGCAGCCAAAAGCAAUAUAUAUUCAUUUCGUAUAUUCGUAAUUUGUGUGUGCGGCCAAGAAAGUAUUCGUCAUGCAGCAGUGACUGGAUAUGGACACGGACUGACUAUUCGGCAUUUUCCCUUGUAACAAAAUCCUCAUUCAGGCCAUUAGCGCUAGACGAAAGCUGUAAUCAGGUAUUCCAACAUUAAUUGCCAGCGAGAUUAAUCACAGCAGAUUUAUUCAGUGCCAAAACUGAAGCUGGAAUCAGGCCAAGUCUAGCCAUAAGAUGGACCUGUAUUUAUACAUCGAUUUGGCCAUUGAAUAUAUUCUGAAAUGCCUGCGGGCAGAUCACAAAAUUGUAGAGUAAAAUCGGCCCAAAGUUUUCCAAAUUCAUUUCGAAGACAUGACGAGGGAAAGUGCCCGAAUUGUGACGAAUACUUUUUUGUCAUCGUACUUUAUGGAGAUUUCGAGUAUUGUUAAAUGACAAAUUACCGGAAAUAAUAACCAUUUGCAGCUGGGUAUCGGACUGUACUGCGACGGAUGUUGAAGCAAUUUUCGACCCAUCUUAUGGGCUGUAUAAAUUUGAAAAAGAAAAAGCCACCGCCCCCACCAGACACAGCGACAACUAUCAGAGCGGCAAUAUUUAUCCAAAAAUGGUAUCGCAGGCAUCAGGCACGUCGCGAGAUGGAGAGGCGCUGCAACUGGCAGAUAUUCCAGAACCUAGAGUACGCCAGCGAACAGGACCAGGCUGAGCUGUACAAAUUCUUCAAUGACCUCAUCAAACAUAUGCCCCAGGCAGCGGGCAGGAAAAACCAACACCAUGCCGACUCCAAUUUUUCCCUGCUGGAAGAAAAGGACGACAUCAUGGAUGAGCUCGGGGAUACUGUGGAUGCCAAAAUAGAGCUGCCAAUACGAAAGAGUCACAUCGAUCUCCUCAUUGACGUCUUCCGCAAGAAACGGGGCAACCGAUUGCAUCCAAAGUAUGUGGCGCUGAUCCUGCGCGAGGCUGCCAAGUCCCUCAAGCAGUUGCCCAACAUCUCGAUGGUGUCCACCGCAGUGUCGCAGCAGGUCACGGUCUGCGGCGAUUUGCAUGGAAAACUCGACGAUCUACUUGUGGUGCUACACAAGAACGGUCUUCCUUCAUCUUCCAAUCCCUAUGUGUUCAAUGGGGACUUUGUGGAUCGCGGCAAGCGGGGACUGGAGGUGCUGCUGUUGCUGCUUUCCCUGUAUCUGGCAUUUCCCCAAGCGGUGUUCCUGAAUCGCGGCAACCACGAAGACAGCGUCAUGAAUGCUCGCUAUGGCUUCAUACGCGAGGUGGAGGGCAAGUAUCCUCGGAACCACAAGCGACUGCUAUCGAUCAUCGACGAGGUCUACCGAUGGCUUCCCCUUGGCUCCGUUCUCAACAGUCGAGUGCUGAUCGUUCACGGCGGCAUCUCCGACAACACCAGCUUGGAUCUCAUCAAGAGCAUCGAUCGGGGCAAGUACGUUUCCAUUCUGCGACCACCACUCACAGAUGGCGAGCCCCUGGAUAAAACCGAAUGGCAACAGAUCUUCGAUAUCAUGUGGAGCGACCCACAGGCCGUGAUGGGCUGCGUUCCGAACACACUGCGUGGUGCUGGCGUUUGGUUUGGCCCCGAUACCACUGAGAAUUUCCUGCAACGCCAUCGACUCAGCUACGUCAUACGCUCCCACGAGUGCAAGCCCAACGGGCAUGAGUUUAUGCAUGACAACAAGGUAAUCACAAUCUUUUCGGCAUCCAACUACUAUGCAAUUGGCUCCAACAAGGGCGCCUACAUACGACUCAACAACCAGCUGAUGCCGCACUUUGUGCAGUACAUUUCGGCAGCCUCGCAGUCCAAGCGGCUGUCCUUCAAGCAGCGCAUGGGCAUGGUGGAGAGCUCUGCGCUGAAGGAGCUCGCUGUGAAGAUGCGCGACUAUCGCGACGAGCUGGAGGAUGAGUUCAAGAAGUUCGAUUCGGACAAUACCGGCUGCAUAACCAUUACCAACUGGUGCUAUGUGAUGGAGAAGGUCACAAAGCUGGGACUGCCCUGGCGUCUGCUACGCGAUAAGCUGGCUCCUGGCACCGACAGUCACAUGGUGAACUAUAACACCACUCUGGAUCUGCUGGACACGGAUGUGAUUAUGGAGGCCGAGGCAGAUGGCACCUCGGUCAUGGACGCUUUGUAUGCGAACAAAGCCAGUUUGGUGGCCAUCUUCAACAUCAUUGAUGCAGACAAUUCGGGUGAGAUUACGCUGGAUGAAUUCGAGACAGCGAUUGAUUUGUUGACGGCGCACAUGCCGGGCGACUACUCCAAGGAGGAGAUGCUGGAAAAGUGUCGCAUGAUGGAUCUCAAUGGGGAUGGCAAGGUGGAUCUGAAUGAGUUCCUGGAGGCCUUCAGGCUGAGCGAUGUGCAAAGGAGACAGCAGCAGGACGAGAACAUACGCAGGCGCUCGGAGGUCAGAUCCACAACAAAACCUUCGGAUCCCGUGACCGAACUGGCGGAGCGCAUACACCGGAAUACCGUCAUUGUGGAGACAGAUAUAGAUCCAUCGGACUGCGAGGCUAAAGUUAUCAAACCCAAUUAGGCAUAGAGACACCCAGGAUGACUCUUUGGGCACGUGACUCAUGAGAGACCAUCGGAAUAUGUUUAUUUAAACAUGAAAUCCCCAGAAAAAUUGUAUGUCAUUCACGAAUUAUACUCGACACAGUUCUCCACAGCA